CCCGUCCUACAUUACCCACAAUCCCCAGCGAGAGGCUGGUCCUCACUAAACAUGGCGGCCUCGACGCCGACGUCGGACUCCAAUCCAAACAUCCCAGAAUACGAAUACAACCACGCGAAUAGCACAACGUUUCAUAUCGACUCGUUCAGAAAGGAGUGGCUCAGUAGACUCAAUCCGUCAGACUACUCCCACCGGGCCGAGGACGAAGACGCGUUUCACGCCGAAUUUGCUCACGAGAUGGGAAUCGGCGUGGACACGAUGCGGGCGCUUAAAGAAAUUUGCAGCACUGAUGCACUCCGUUGCCAUCCCGAGGAUCAGCAACUUGACCCAGAAGUCGUACCAGAGGACUCAACGUUGAAAACGCUUGUGGAGAGGAAGAAGAGGCAAGAUUACAAAUCCUCCCUAAAAAUCGCAAAGAACAGACACGAUGCCUACGCAGAUGCGCAGGAGCGACUGACCUUCAUGAUGAAACCUGAGGCCGUGAAAAAUCUGGUUCCCGAAGGAGACGUCAUUCUGACGAUCAAUGUCUACUACCCGGCCACUUUCGAAAAGUUCUGCUACGUCCGACCCCACGUGACGCUGCUGUUGCUGGGCUCCCAAAGCUUGACGGAGCUGCGGGACGCCAUUUGCUGCAUCAGCGACCUGCAGGUGUAUGGCGAGUUCAGCGAAACGCCGGACGUUGCGCCGGACUUCGUCAGCAAAGACCACUACAAGUCCGCUUACUUUUUCUUCGAAGGGGUGUUCUAUAACGACAUGCGCUAUCCGGAGUGCCGUGACAUCAGCCAGACCACAAUCACAUGGGCCAAGGACAACAAGUUCCCCUCGUAUUCCCAGGCCAAGAUGGAGGACACGAAGCUGGUGGAUCUGAAGGUGAAAGUGGGCUUCCCGUACCUCUACUGCCACCAGGGCGACUGCGAGCACCUCGUCAUCAUCACGGACGUCAGGCUUACACACAAGGACGACUGUCUGGACCGGAAGUUCUACCCACUGCUAACGCACAAACACCGGGUCACCACGCAGAAGUGUGCUGUCUGCUACACCUUCAUUGCCAGGUGGUACACCACGGGCGACCAGUUCGCCCCAACUCACCCGUGUCUGUUUUGCAACAAGUGCUUCCGCAUGCUGCACUACGAUGCCGACGGCAACAAGCUGGGCGACUUCCUUGCCUACCCCUACGUGGACGGCGGUGCUUUCAACUGACGGAGCUUUUUCUCCAUCCUGUGGCUGACUUCCUGUGUUGUACACUUUUAUUUAUAUUUCUGAGACACUCGUAAUAAAGUUAAGACUUUGAAA